GAUAGCUUCAAUGUCUUUAAUUGAUGUUGUUGGAAAAUUCAAUGUAUAGACGCGGGGUACAUGUACCUAAUGCUGGCCGUCUAUGUUUGAUUUUUCGUACGCAGCCACAUAAUCACACAGCCACAGGUAUCCGGGUAACACUCAAAGUGCGUCACAGCUUAAGGUUUAUUCUUUGCCUUCGCGUCUCAUCAAUUUAUUCCCUUUUUUAUACAACUACAUCCGCCUAAAUGCCUACCUCUUAAUGACGAUCCCUCCUCCUCCCACCUUCUAACGCGCUCCUAAUUCACCAGAGUUUAGCCCAUCUCAUGUUAUGUAUUAUUGCUAUCGUCUCGUCUUAAUUACAACGCCCUAGCAGAAAGGAUAAAGAAAAGAUGUCAGUCUUGCUCGAAACAAGCGCCGGCGACGUAGUGAUAGACUUGUUAGUUGAUUACGCGCCAAAAGAAUGCGAGAAUUUCAUAAAACUCUGCAAGGUUAAGUACUACAACUUCUCGCCCGUACAUUCUAUCCAACAGAACUUUUCCUUCCAAACUGGCGACCCUCUUGGCCCGACCUCUUCCGCUUCUGAUGGCGGUUCCUCUAUAUGGGGACUCAUCUCCGGGGCCUCCAAGAAAACAUUUAGCGCUACAUUUCAUCCAAAGUUGAGACAUCUCGAGAGAGGCACUGUCUCUAUGGCUACUGCUCCACAUCCAUCCGAUCCCGAUGCUCGUGUUGCCGGCAGCCAAUUCAUUGUCACGCUCGGCGACAACACAGAUUAUUUAGACGGAAAGGCGGCUAUCUUUGGCAAGGUCGUCGAGGGGUUUGAUGUACUGGAGAAAGUCAACAAUGCCAUUACUGACAAAGAUGGCCAUCCGCUCGUUGACAUUCGCAUAAAACACACAAUCAUUCUUGACGACCCCUAUUCCGACCCAUCCGGCCUACGAGAGCCCAGCCAAUCACCUCCCCCGUCUCAGGCGCAGCUCGCUACGGUUCGAAUCGCCGAUGAUGCGCCUUUAACCGAAGAGAUAGACGAGGAGGCGGCAGAGAAGGUGCGGCGUGAGAGGGAUGCCCGCGCCCAGGCUUUAACCCUCGAGAUGAUGGGCGAUCUUCCAUUUGCCGAAGUCAAGCCUCCCGAGAAUGUACUUUUCGUGUGCAAGCUCAACCCCGUGACCACCGAUUCCGACCUUGAGCUUAUCUUCAGUCGCUUCGGCAAGAUUUUAUCGUGCGAGGUCAUACGCGACAAGAAGACAGGAGACAGUUUACAGUAUGCCUUUGUAGAAUUCGAGGACAAGGGCGCAUGCGAAGCGGCUUAUUUUAAGAUGCAAGGAGUGCUCAUUGACGACCGAAGGAUACACGUUGACUUCAGUCAGAGUGUGAGCAAGUUAGCCGAGGUCUGGAGGGGUGGGGAAAAUGCGAAGCGGAAACGCAAGCGUGAAGGUGGCGGAUGGGGCGGUGUUAAAGAGCUGGAGAAAUGGAGGAAGUACAGGGAAGAGGACGGUCACGAAGGCACCGAAGAUCAUUACAGCAUGGUUUACGGGGAGGAAGAAAUGCGCGGCCGGCACAGGCGACAGAGAGACGGUCGUGAUCAAGAUGAUAGGCGGGCCCGAGAUCCCGAUCGCUUCGGAGAUAAAGAUGAAAAUAGAAACCGUAACGAUGCAGAUCAAGCUAGACGCCGGGACGGCGGAUAUGGACGCGACCAAGAUGGGGCACCGCAGUCGCGAAGUAGAAGCCCAGUGAGAGACAAGCCUCGUGAUAGGAAUCGGUACGAUGACCACCGAAGGGAUGAUCGCGCUAUUAGGUACCGACAUGACGACCGAUGUGGAAAAGAUCUAGAAAGAGAUCGUCCUCGUCGUGACUAUCGGCGGAGAUAGUCUGAAUCCACUAGGUUGCCUUUCAUACGAAACGACUGUUAUAUCGAGUAUGUGGACUUAGUUAACUAACUACCUAUCUAUCUGAAUUAAGUUUACGAACCCGUGUUCUAAACGUACCUACUCAGCGUUAUAUCUCAAUAGCAUGAACCAAGCGCGUCUUUAUAAGCAUACAGCCGUAUACGAGCGUGUGGAUCGCGCGUGUAGCUUGGUAUAGGAUAUUCGUUCUAUGUACGAUUGAUGUUUUCCCUACCCCUUACAUUUCUUAUGACGAAUACAGAAACGAGCUGAGCCGUCUCUAUGUAUUUGGCUCACGUUUAGACUGACAUGGCGCAAAGGGAUGCGGAUUCGGCCAUGUGAU